AAGCCGCCCGCCUCCCGCCUGUGGAAGAGCUGGCAGUUUUGAGGGGAAAAGAAGCAAGGGGACCGGCUAAAGACGGCUUCAGAAGGGGUCUAGCGAGCAAAAGAGGGCGCGGGACGAUCUGUUCCCCCUCGCGGAGCGUCUGCGGGAUCUCAGAGACUCGCGGGAUAAUCUCGAAGAGCCUUUACGACGGUCCAUCUUGGAGCUUAUUUCGCAAUCGUGACUCAGUGAUUGCCGCCUUUGCGGAGUAGCAAGCUGCCUCCGUCCUAAAGCAUACUGGAUUAUAGUGAUCACAGGAGUGUCAGCACUGCAUCACGAGGUCAACAACAAACAGUUCGCAAGCAUCCCAGUGACUCAUGUUUUCAUCAGGACGCAAGUUGACUCCUUGGAUCUUGACUUCUUUCCUAUCUGGUGCUCUCACUUAGUCCUUUACCCAGACACCGAAACCGUUCGCAGAUUGCCUCAUCAUGUAUGGAAGUUCUCGUUCCGUCUCCAAGCUAGAUGCAGUGGGGUCCAACAGUAACGGGUCAGGCAGUCCCGGACGCUCCCCCCGACUCCCUCGUUCCCCGCGUAUGGCUCACCGGCGAAAUGGCAGCAGCGGCUCUGCUGGCGGUCUCACCGGUUCUGGGAAAACCUUAUCCAUGGAGAAUAUCCAGUCGCUCAAUGCCGCUUACGCUACAGGGGGUCCUAUGUAUUUCACAGAAGGUACUGAAGACCCGGUGGGACUUGGGAGCCUGGGAAGUGGACUGAACCCAUCUAUGCCCAAAAGCACCAUGACCCUGGGCCGGGCUGGGGCGAGGGUGCCCUACGGCGUACGGACCGCUUUUGUGGGAAGCAGCCCUACAAUCAACUCUGGAGGAGUGGGCACUGCUGGGGUCAUGUCUAGUGAUUCCAUAGCAUUUGGUGGGGAGGUGCAAAGCCAACCCACACAGGCUUCAACUGUGCCCCACUCCAUGAGACAGGUGCGGGACGGUGCCAUGACAGACCUGCAGAGCCAACUGAGAGAAGUGCUAAGAGAAAAUGAGCUUCUGCGGAGAGAUCUGGAUGCAAAGGAGUCCAAACUAAGCUCGUCCAUGAACUCUAUCAAGACAUUCUGGAGUCCGGAGCUGAAGAAAGAGCGUGCGCUGAGGAAGGAUGAAGCCACCAAAAUGAGCGUGUGGAAGGAGCAAUAUCGGGUGGUGCAGGAGGAAACACAGCAUCUCCAGUGCACCAUCCAAGCCUUGCAAGAUGAGCUCCGAAUCCAACGCGAUCUCAACCAGCUCUUCCAGUCGGAUUACUCCGAAACCGGCCGCCUGGGUUCCCAGGCCAUCUCCCCUCAGGAAAUGACCGAGGAGAACUUCCUGCGUCUCCAUGGCGAAUACGAGCGGCAGGUCAAGGAGCUCUUUCUCCUGAGGAAGACUGUGGAAGAGAUGGAGCUAAGGAUAGACACGCAGAAGCACACUUUAAAUGCCAGGGAUGAGUCCAUUAAGAAGCUCCUGGAAAUGCUGCAGAGCAAAGGACUGUCAUCUCGUGCCACUGAGGAGGACCACGAGCGGACGAGGCGACUGGCUGAUGCCGAGAUGACCAUCCAUCAGCUGGAAGGUCUGCUGGAGCAGAAGGACAAGGAGAUGCUCCUUCUCAGAGAGGAGCUGCACAGGAGGUACGAAGCAGCUCCUGAAUCCACCAAGACCAAAGCCCUGCAAACAGUCAUUGAAAUGAAGGAUGCCAAGAUCAGCUCGCUGGAGCGCGCCAUGAGGGAGCUGGAGGAAGAGGUGAACAUGCUCAAGUCCAACGGAGCACUCAGCAGCGAGGAGCGAGAGGAGGAGAUCAAGCAGAUGGAGGUGUACCGAUCCCACUCCAAAUUCAUGAAAAAUAAGGUUGAUCAGCUGAAGGAAGAGUUAGGUCACAGCCAGUCAGAGAAGGAGGAGCUAAGAGAACGGGCCAAUGAGCUGCAGCGCGAGGCGUCGGCAAUGGAUCAGGUGAAGCAGGAUUUAAACCGCAAGGACAGUGAACUGUUGGCGCUCCGGACCAAACUGGACACUCUGAACAACCAGUUUUCCGACAGCAAGCAGCACGUGGACGUCCUCAAAGAGUCGCUCACCGCCAAGGAGCAGAGGGCUGCCAUAUUACAGACCGAGGUGGACGCUUUGCGCAUUCGCCUGGAGGAGAAAGAGUCACUUCUGUCCAAAAAGAGUCAGCAAAUAUCCGAAAUCUCGGACGAGAAGAGCACGCAGAACGGAGAAAUUAGCGACCUCAAGGACAUGCUGGACGUCAAGGAGCGCAAAGUCGUCGUGCUUCAAAAGAAGAUUGAGAACCUCCAGGAUCAGCUGAAAGACAAAGACAAGCAGCUAACCGGCCUCAAAGGACGAGUCAAGUCCUUACAGACGGACACGUCCAACACCGACACGGCUCUGGGAACGCUGGAGGAAGCUCUAUCUGAGAAGGAACGGAUCAUUGAACGAUUGAAAGAGCAGCGAGAAAAAGAGGAAAGAGAAAAGGGGGAUGAGGUGGAGUCCACCAAGAAGGAGCUGAAGGAGCUGCGGGAGAAAGUUUCCCAGAUGCAGGCUGACCUUGCAGACCGCGAGGCAUCACUUUUGGACCUGAAGGAGAAGGCCUCUUCUCUGGCCUCCUCGGCUCUUAAGAAGGACAACCGGCUGAAAAGCAUGGAGAUUGCAUUGGAGCAAAAGAAGGAGGAGUGCGUCAAACUGGAGAACCAACUGAAGAAGGCUCAGAGCGCGGCGGCUGAGUCGGCGGCCAGCGCCGAGCUGGCGCAACGCAUCUCCUGCCUGGAGCAGGAAGUGAGCCGUCACAAGGAGGACGCUGGCAAGGCUCAGGCCGAGGUGGAGCGGCUCCUCGAGAUCCUCAGGGAGAUGGAGAACGAGAAGAACGACAAGGAGAAAAAAAUCCACGAGCUGGAGAGAAAGCCUUCCGCCUCUCAUCUGUGGCGUUCUCAGCAAGCCCCUCCCCCAGCUGCAUCCCAGCAGCCAAUGGGAGGGCUAGUGUGGGACUACCUGGGCACUCUUGCAUCCAGGCAGAUGAAAGAUCAAUCCAAAAAGGUGGCCAACCUGAAGCACAAAGAGCAAAUAGAGAAGAGCAAGAACGCCCAGCUGAUGGAGGAGGCCAAAAAAAGGGAGGACAACAUCAACGAGAGUUCCCAGCAGAUUAAAGAUUCCAUGCGCUCUAAGGAGGAGCGCAUCGAGGAGCUGGAGGAGGCCCUGAGGGAAAGCGUUCAGAUAACAACCGAGAGGGAGUUGGUGCUGGCCCAAGAGGAGCAUGCCCGCACACAUGCUGAAAAACAGCUCUCUCAAAUUGAGCUCAGCACGACCGGCUUUAGGUGGUCAAAGGUGGAGGACUUGCUGGUUGCCAUGGAAAAGGUGAAACAGGAGCUGGAGGUGAUGAAAGCCAAGCUGUCUUCCACUCAGCUGUCACUGGCCGAGAAGGAAGGUCACCUGACCGCCUUGCGGGCCGAGCGGCGGAAGCACCUGGAGGAGGUUCUGGAGAUGAAACAAGAGGCGCUGCUGGCCGCCAUCAGCGAGAAGGACGCCAACAUCGCCCUGCUGGAGCUCUCUUCAUCCAAGAAGAAGAAAACCCAGGAAGAGGUGGCGGCCCUCAAGCGGGAGAAAGACGGGCUAGUUCAUGAGCUCAAACAGCAGACUCAAAACAGGAUGAAACUGAUGGCGGACAACUAUGAGGAUGAGCACCUGAAGGCAUCGUCUCCCAACGCGGAGCUGCCUAACAAUCACAAGCCCUCACCAGAUCAGAUUCUCUCUCCUCUCCUGGAUCUGGACCAGAACCGCAGUAAGCUGAAGCUAUACAUCAGUCACCUGACCUCGCUGUGUCAGGAGCGAGACCCUGUCAUCCUGCGAGACUUCGCCCCACCGCCCGCCUAUCACCGCGCCGACUCCGCCGAAUCCUGGCGCGAGCAACUGCGCGGCAUGACGCAAGAACAGUUGGAGGCGGAGUUGGCGCUGUGUGAGCGGGAGGGGGCGGAGCUCCAGGAGUACGCCAACCAGGUGCUGCAGCAGAUCGCAGACCGCUGCCCGGACAUUUUGGAACAGGUCGUCAGCGCCCUGGAGGACAGCAGCUGACACAUUUAGACGAAUACACCGAAACAACUAAACAGACUUUAAUUAUCAUGUUGUUGUUUUUUUGUUUUUUUUUCUGUGACCCCGGUCCGCCAUUUUGUCUUGUCAACACAUGCUGCUAUCUUUUUGGUCAUCUUCUUCUAUGGUUUCACGCAGCCUUCUGUUGGAAACACUCGCAAUAAUCCCUUUACUAUCGAUGUUGAUGAUAACACCAGGAGGAAUUUCAUUUUUCUUUCCGGGCGGGGGGGAGAGAAUAUAAAAAAAAAAAAAAAAAAAAGUUGCAUUUGCUAAUAUAUAUAAAUGUGUCAAAUGCUAAUGUUUUAAUUGCAGUUGUAUGACCACGUGCUUUGUCGUCACCAGCAGGUUGGAGUUGUUUACUAAAAUUCUAGGGAAUUCUUCGGGAUUGUGGCUAGAAAUGAAAUGGAAUAAAAUGCAGUUUUAUCAUUUCUUGCCUGUGAAGUGCAUUUUCUCACACACCUAAUUAUGUUUUUGGAGAGGCACUGUAAAGACAAAUGUCCCCAAACGAAGCUUCCAACAUUCUGCCGUUAUCGGCUCCUUUCACGUCGUCGGCUUAUCUCCGCUGCUUUAUUUUCCUCUCCUCCCGCCGUAAUGACACGAUUCCCGGGCUCGUCUCUUCCCUAUCUAUCCUUUGCGACGGCCUCUUCCUCUUGCACUUAACAUUCUUUCCGCCUUAGGAUGUAUGAAAGCCACGCUUACCUGUCCUUCACAUAUUCUGUUUUCUCCAUUUACUAUCGUAAAAAACAAGAUGGAAGAAGCAACAGCGGAAGGCUUAAAACGUAUAAUGUGACUUUUACUCCGUUGUGACCCCGGUUUGGUAUUUAUUUAAUCAUUUGAGCUCUGUGUUGAAGUGCAGGCCUCAGGUUAUGCUCAUAGUGGUGCAUUCAGGGGGAAACGGCCAACGAGGCGCUCCAAAGUAAACCGCUCGUGGAUCUGCACUAAAUCACGCACAUUAAUUGCUGUUAUCACAGUAAAUAAAUAUGCCACGCAAAUAUUUAGCCUCACAUGCAUGCAGAUGAUGAUAAAUGCGCCCGUUUUUGAUUAUUGGGGAUUCAUUCGAGAGCAGGCAGUCAAUUAUGUCGCGUUUUCUUUCAAUUCAACGAGAGAUCUGUAUCGAAAAUGCCUGUCUUUAAAUGCAGAAAACUGUGAGAGGACACCAACCGGGGCGUUAGGCUACCUGGUGUUGCGCACAUGUGAUAAGAAUCGCAGAUAUCGGCGAUCCCUGGACCAAAAACCCCAAUGUCCUUGAGAUAACGUGCUUGCGCUAGCAGUUAGAAGUACAACCCCUAGCAAAAACCAUGGAAUCACCCGUCUCGGACGAGUACUCAUUCAGACAUUUUAUUUUGUAGAACCAACUCAGAUAAAAAGCUUGAAAAAAAUAAUAAAUUAGUUCAAACGUGCAACUCUUUAGCAUUCAGAAACACUAAAAGAAAUGAAUAAAAAACAUUUUGGUGGUCUGUAAAUGUUACUUUUAUAGAGUAAGUGCGGGGAAAUAAAUAUAGAAUCACUCCAUUCUGAGGAAAAAUAUAUGGAAUCAUGAGAAACAAAUAACAAUCAAAACACGUCUCUAGUAUUUAGUUGCAUCACCUCUGGCUUUUAUGACAGCUUGCAGUCUCUGAGGCAUUGACUUGAUGAGUAUUCUUCAUCAAUUUGGUGCCAACUCUCAACUCUCUCUAUCCUUCCUGGUCGGAGCCUUGCUGUGGACCAUUUUUUUUCAAUUUCUACCACAGGUUUUCAAUAGGGUUGAAUCUGGGCUAUUUGCAGGCCAUGACAUUGAUUGAAGAUUUAACCACAUGUAUGUUUGUAUAUAUAUAUAUAUAUAUAUAUAUUAGGGGUGUCAAACGAUUAAAAUUUUUAAUCGAGUUAAUUACGGCUUAAAAAUGAAUUAAUCGUAAUUAAUCGCAAUUCAAACCAUCUAUAAAAUAUGCCAUAUUUUUCUGUAAACUAUUGUUGGAAUGGAAAGAUAAGACACAAGAUGGAUAUAUACAUUCAACAUACGGUACAUAAGUACUGUAUUUUUUUAUUAUAACAAUAAAUCAACAAGAUGGCAUUACCAUUUUUAACAUUCUGUUAAAGCGAUCCAUGGAUAGAAAGACUUGUAGUUCUUAAAAGAUCAAUUUUAGUACAAGUUAUAGAAAUUUUAUAUUAAAACCCCUCUUCAUGUUUUCGUUUUAAUAAAAUUUGUAAAAUUUUCAAUCAAAAAAUAAACUAGUAGCCCGCCAUUGUUGACGUCAAUAAUUACUUACAAAAUGCUCAUGGGUGCUGAAGCCUAUAAAAUCAGUCGCACCCAAGCGCCAGCAGAGGGCGGCAAA